GGGAGGAGAUUUGUACUAUGAUUCUCUCUUUACUUUUUUUUUUGUUACGAUUCUCUCUUUACUUUAUUUACCAAAAUUUCACAUGGAAAAAUCCUAGAUCAUAAAGUUGUGUUAUGUGCACUUUUAUGUUAUUCAUUGAUGAUUGAUGAUCUCUCUGUCUGUCACAAUGGAAACCGAGUCAAUCAUAGAGUGACCCAUCACCUCCUUCUCCACCUUGGCUAUAAUUAUCAUUUAACCACAUUUAUUCAUCAAUGCGUUUAUACAUAAACUCUAUCUUACUAUUUAUGAAUAAAUAAAUAAGCAUUAUUGUUACUAUAUACUAUUGGAUUGGAUUGAAGAAGAAAACGAACGUUCGUUUAUUUUUUUUUUUAUAUAUUAAUCCUCUGAUUCUCAGGAGUCUGAUAAUUUUCAUUUCAUUUAUUCACUACAUUGCAUGGGUAGCUAUAGAGUCUGCUUGUGUUUCCGGCGGAGGUUUAAGUCAGGGGAGGCGGUUGCGCCACAGGAGGUUCGGGAGCUGUUUAACGAGUAUGCUGAAGGUGGGGCUCAUAUGACUUCUGAUCAGCUCAGCCGGUUUCUGGCGGAGGUUCAAGGCGAGGUUUAUGAGAAGGAUGAACUCGACACACAGAAGGUGGUUGAGGAAGUGUUGCAAAAGCGGCAUCAUAUUACGAAGUUCGCAAGGCAUAAUCUUACGCUAGAUGAUUUUCAUCAUUACCUGUUUUCUACUGAAUUGAAUUCCCCUAUCAGAUCUCAGGUUCAUCAGGAUAUGACAGCUCCAUUGUCCCAUUAUUUCAUAUAUACUGGCCAUAACUCUUACCUAACAGGAAAUCAACUCAGCAGUGAUUGUAGUGAUGUUCCUAUUAUAAAGGCAUUGAAAAGAGGUGUAAGAGUUGUUGAGCUUGAUAUAUGGCCUAAUUCCAACAAAGAUGAUGUUAUUGUUCUACAUGGAAGGACAUUGACAACACCUGUGGAUUUGAUCAAAUGUUUGAAAUCGAUUAAAGAACAUGCUUUUUCGGCAUCUCCCUAUCCGGUCAUAAUAACGCUGGAAGACCAUCUUACAUCAGACCUUCAAGCAAAAGCUGCUCAGAUGAUAACUAAAACAUUUGGAGAUAUGCUAUUCUGUCCAAAUGACGAAAGCUUAAACAAUGUUCCGUCACCUGAAGAACUGAAGUACAAGAUCAUGAUAUCAACAAAACCUCCAAAAGAGUACUUAAAUUCUAAGAGUGUGAGGGAGAAUUCAAAACAAUUGCUGAAAUCCAAAUCGAAGGAUUCUGAUGAAGAUGAAUGGGGAAAAGUAGUCAACGAUGUUGUUAAUACACAAAAUGAAGAUGAUAAGGGUGAUUUUGAGUCAAAUCAACACAAUGAUGAUGAUGAUGAAUCAAAUGAUGAUGAAUAUGAAACAAAUCAGGAGAGUGAAUAUAAGCGUCUAAUCGCUAUUCGUGCUGGAAAACCUAAGGGUAGUCUUAAGGAAGCCUUAAAAGUUGAAGAUGAUAAAGUGAGACGCCUUAGCUUAAGCGAACAACAGAUUGAAAAGGCUUCUGAGUCGCUCGGAACUGAUCUUAUCAGAUUCACCCAGAAAAACUUUUUGAGGAUAUAUCCGAAGGGUACACGGGUGACCUCGUCCAACUACAAGCCAUUUGUUAGCUGGAUGCAUGGUGCUCAAAUGGUUGCAUUCAAUAUGCAAGGUUAUGGAAGAAAUCUUUGGUUGAUGCAUGGAAUGUUUAGAUCCAAUGGAGGAUGUGGUUAUGUGAAAAAGCCAGAUUUUCUUAUGAAUGUAGGUCCUAAUAAUGAGGUAUUCAAUCCUAAAGUUAAGUUGGAAGUGAAGAAGACUCUUAAGGUGAAAAUAUAUGGGGGAGAUGGAUGGAGUAUGGAUUUCAAACAAACUCACUUUGACUUAUAUUCUCCGCCAGAUUUUUAUGUCAGGGUUGGCAUAGCUGGAGUACCAGCUGAUGUAACAACGAAGAAAACAAAGAUAAUAGAAGAUAAUUGGACACCAACUUGGGAAGAAGAGUUUAAAUUCCCUUUAACCGUACCGGAACUGGCUUUGCUUAGAGUGGAAGUGCAUGAAUAUGACAUGUCUGAGACAGAUGAUUUUGGAGGCCAAACUUGUUUACCAAUCGCUGAACUGAAACAAGGGAUUCGCGCUGUUCCACUCUACGACCGAAAAGGAGAAAAGUACAACUCAGUUAGGCUUCUUAUGCGAUUCGAUUUUAUUUAAGCUGUUCUUUUGUACUUGGAGUAUGUUUCUUUUAUUAUGAAAAAGAAUGUUACAACUUUUUUCUCAAAUUAAACUUUGUGUUUUUCCUGUUUGGGUUUUGAUCAUGUGGAUUUGGCUUAAACUUUCAAAAGAUGUAUAUGUUCUGUGACUUUGUUCAUUUGAUUAAUGAUUAUAUAAGUAAAUAAAAAUUUAAAAUA